AAUUUUGACCGCUACUAUGGUGCACGAUUAGAACCUGGCCAAAAAGACAGCCGCUUGUCCAUACUGAAAAAAGAGUGGUUCGAAAAGAAGAGCGUUUUGGAUAUAGGCUGUAACGUGGGAUUCCUAACUUUGUCAAUCGCACGUGACUUUGGACCUCGUCGAAUUCUUGGCAUUGACAUUGACGAUCACCUUGUUGGCGUGGCCCGUAAAAACAUACGUCAUUAUUGCGAUCAGAACACAGAGUUUGUCGGCAAGUUUCCUGCAUCGUUCUGCACCACUUUCGGUCCUAUCUCCAAUCACACUUUGUCUUUCUCCACCAAAUUUCCGGACAAUGUCUGGUUCCGGCGGGAAAAUUAUGUUCUAGAAAGUGAUGAGCUCUUGGAAACAGUUGAAGAAGAGUUUGAUGUUAUUCUGGCGCUAAGUAUUACGAAAUGGAUACACUUGAAUUUCGGUGACGAUGGUUUGCGUCGGUUUUUCCGUCGCGCAUUUAACCAACUACUCCCAGGUGGUAGGUUUAUUCUGGAGCCUCAACCGUUCGCCAGCUACAGGAAGAGAGCGAAGAUGACGGAAAAGCUGAAAGCGAACUAUGCUGCAAUAGAAUUCAAACCGGAAGACUUUGAGAUGUAUCUCAUUGAAGAAAUAGGUUUUGAAAGCGUCGAACACCUCGGUGUUCCCUGCGCAAAGACAAAAGGGUUUGAGCGUCCAAUUGAUGUGUAUUUGAAAAAGCCACCCCGUUUCCUGGAGCGUGCUACCAACAGUAAGGAUUGA